AUGGCACCAUCAACGACCAAGCAGUGGAAAGUCGGCGGAAAGAGCGGCUUCGACGCACUGAAACUUGAUGAGAGCGCAUCGAUCCCCAAGGUUGGCGACAAGGACGUCCUUGUCAAGAUCAACGGAGCAUCCCUCAACUACCGCGACCUCAUCAUCCCCAAGGGCAAGUACCCCUUCCCCGCGAAAGACGGCGUAGUCCCCGGCUCAGACGGCGCCGGUGUCGUCGAAUCUGUCGGGAGCGGCGUAACACGCUUCAAGCCCGGUGAUCGUGUUGUCACACUCUUCAACCAAGCCCACAUCGCUGGCUCCCUCGACGGAGCCUCCCUUGCAACCGGCCUCGGCGGCGCCGUCGAUGGCACACUGCGCGAGUAUGGUGUCUUCGAUGAGCAGGGCCUGGUCGCAGCGCCCAAGAACCUGAACGAUCUCGAGGCGAGCACACUGAGUUGUGCGGGAUUGACAGCGUGGAAUGCGCUGUACGGCUUGGAGAGCAGGGCGCUGAAGCCAGGACACUGGGUCCUCACACAGGGGACUGGAGGUGUAUCGAUCUUUGCACUACAGUUCGCCAAGGCCGCAGGUGCGCGCGUCAUUGCUACCACAUCCUCGGCUUCGAAGGCCGAAACGCUCAAGAAGCUCGGCGCAGACCAUGUCAUCAACUACAAGGAGACACCCUCCUGGGGCGAGAAAGCCAAGGAGCUCACCGGCGGCGUGGGCGUGCAGCACGUCGUCGAAGUCGGUGGUCCUACAACUAUGGCUCAGAGUCUGAAGGCCAUCGCUAUUGAUGGUGUAAUUACCAUCAUCGGCUUCAUCGGCGGCAUGGAGAAGAACCAGCCCACCUUCCUUGAGACUCUCAACAACAUCUGCACAGUCCGUGGUAUCCUGGUUGGUAGCAGGCUGCAGAUGCAGGACAUGGUCAACGCGAUCGAGGCGAAUGAUAUCCACCCCAUUGUUGACGAGAAGGUCUUUGAGCUCAAGGACCUGAAGGAGGCGUAUGAGUACAUGUGGGACCAGAAGCACUUUGGCAAGCUUACCAUCAAGGUCUCAGCAUAG